GACUGCAAAGGAAGUGGGUGAAGACAAGCUCUCGUAUAGAGGAUGAAUGUUUAGAGGCAGUGUUCGAAGACAUACUGAGAUUAGUGACAGAUAAUGUUAAUCAGACUAUGAGUACAUUCGCCAGUAAAUUGCAUCCGGAUUUUGCAAAUUAGAGGUCAGCGAGCAAAAAGCAAUCAUUUGUGAGGAAAGGGUCACAGAGAAGUGGAUAUGGAGAAAGCUUUAUGGUGUCUAGUAAUCCAUAUAAACUUAGUGAGUGUAACAGCUUUCGUGGGACAUCCCCAACAGAUAGGUCACAAGUUGCGAGACAAACACGCUUGUGUUUUACAAUUUUUCAAGAAGUGCAUACAAAGGUGAACAGUGAAGAAGUGAACAAGUUUAGUGGUAAGCUAAAUUCGAAGUCAGCGUCACCUAGGUAUGACUCCGCAAAUUUACAAGGUAUUACUAGUCAGAGUAAAAGUAUAAAACCUUUAGGGAUUUGUGAGGAAGAACCCAAAUCAUUUACUUCUGUUAAUAAAGAGUUUGAAAAUGAUGAAGUCGACCAGAUAAACGGCGGUAAAGUGAAUAUUUGUGACAAUGAUCAUGAUAGUGCAUAUUUGUCUCUGGCUGAUCAUGACGAGAUGAGUGGAAUGCCUACUGCUACUGAGUAAGACAAAGGUUCUGUACAACUUGAACGU